GAGAAAGUCAUUUUUCCCAAGGCUGAAAGCACUUAUCAUAAGAGAAUGCAACAAAUUGAAAUGCAUCUUUCCCAUUUCAACUUCGGAACUGGUACCCAUGUUAGAAGCUCUGUUAAUCAUGGAAGCAAGUAUGCUAGAGGAAGUAUUCGAAGGAAACAGUGAUGAAAAGGUUGAGAUUCCAAAUUUGAAAACUGCAGGCUUUGUUGAACUUCCAAGCCUUCGCCAGAAGAUUGAAUUUCUUACCGUAAAACAUUGUUUGGUGAGGAAUUGUCCAAAACUGUACUUCUCUUCAUUCCCUCAAGAUCUCAAACAUUUUUCUAUGAGAGAAUAUUUCAAACAUGGGUACGUCGAGGAGAUAAUAAGUGGAGCUCUUGGUAAUCUUAAUCCCGAAGAGAAUCGCUAUGAAGAAGACUCUGCAAUUGGGACUGAAGUUGAAGCAGCAUCAUUCAGAGGGAGUGAGUUAACUUCAUCACAGAACAAUGCAAACCAAUCUACUCUUGCCAAGAUUGAUGAAGACAACCAACAACAUGAGGAUGUAGUGAAAGAAAGCAAAGAAAGAGUAGAGGAAGAACAACAAAUUGUUGGAAAAGCUUCAUCAAUGCCAAUAUCACCAACAGAUUUUCCUCAACAUAAAACACAUUCACCAGAAAAGGAAGAAGAAGAAAUGGCCAUACCUUCUUCAAAUCUUAACACAGAGCCUCCUAUAACUAAAGAUGUUAAUGAUGGAGAUUUUCAGGGAACAUCAAAUUCAGUCGUUACCAAUUCUCAAAAUACUAAUUCUACAGAAGCGACAGAUCAACGUAUAAAGAAGAUAUUAACAGAGAUAGCAGAUGAUCUUGACGAAGACUCUAAAACCACAGAGAUUAGGAGUCAGAAUGAAACGACAAAAGCAAAAGAAGACUUUUCAAUUGAUGCCAAAGCUGAGGAACAUGGUGAAUCUACUCAAAUAUCUGUACCGUUUUCAGUUGUGAAUAUAGAACUUGAAACCACUGAAGAUGUUGGUGUUGGAGACAUUGAAGAAGCUUCUCCAGAGAAACUUGAUGAGAUCACUCAAGAUUCAAGUUCUGGUUAUACUGUAAGAAGGGAGCUUGAGCAACUUGUCUCUAAGAAGCAUUUGGGGUCAGAGAACUUGGCUCUGUUAAGCAAUUUCCUUGUGAAGCAUCCUUCUCUUUGUUUAGCAGACGAUACCAUGAGUGAGAAAUACAAGGGCUUUGCCUACACUUGUCUGGCUGAGCUUUUGAAGUUUCUCCAAAGCCAUAGUGUGUUUGAUAUGUUGGGGUCAAGCCACUCUGAAUUUGUUGAAUUGUUAAAAGAUCUGCGUAAUUGUGGUUUCAAUAAGGAUUGGUUGGAUCAUGUUGAAAGACUCAAGCUACUUUGAUUCUGCAUUUGGAGGAUCUUAAGCAUCAACUUCAGGAACAUGAUCAGGCUCAAAGUUUCCAAGUCAGAACUACUUUUACCACCAACUUGGCUAUCUUAUAUUAUAUUAUUCUUCCGUUUCUUUCUCUAUUAAUAUAUGUUUG